AUGGAUUACUUAAAAGAAAAGUCACGUGAUAGCGAUGAUUCUCAGUUGAUUGAAGAUUAAGAUGGCAUUAGGAGAAGUCCAGAAAAAUUUAUCAAAAAAAAAAACCCUCGCAACUUUUCUUCACCAAACAAUAAUGAAGAUAAAACGCCAUUGUCCUUUAAAUUUUUGUUUUAAUGGAUGCUGCUUUAUUGGAGAGAGAAUUUCAAGCCUAUUUUCAAUCAGAAGGGAAUGCAGUUAAGAUCUGAUGAUUAAUUAGAUAAGGAGGAAACAUUAGAGUAUUUUGGGGUCUUUGCUUAGGGUAUUAAAAGGACAAAGCAUUUAGAAAAAUUAAACUUAUCAGGUACAGACAUUCAUCCAUAUUUACUUAUUGAAAUAGCAUAAGCAAUGACUGUAAAUAGAAGUAUUAAGGAACUUAAUUUGUCUGGAAGUACUCUUAGUAGUUUUAUGCUUUCUUAUCUGUUUAAGAGAUUAGUUAGCAAUAAAAGUUUAUAAGUUUUAAAUUUAUCGAAUAAUUAGAACUUCGAUAUGGAGGCGGUUCAAGACCUAAUUUAGCUUAUUCUGCAUAAGUAAAAUUAGAAAAAUUAGUUAAAAGUUUUGGAUAUCAGUCAUUGCAAUAUUGAUUGCAUGUCAUUAUCACUUCUUUGUUCAUCUUUGUCUUAUACAAACCAAUUGACUUCUAUUAAUUUGUCUUUAAUGAAUUUCCCACCUAUUGCACUUCUUGCUCUUGCCAAAGCACUUUCUAAAAAUAAAUCAAUAUAAGAACUGAACAUAUCCUUUAAUAGGUUUGGAGAGAAAGGAUUGAACACAUUAACAAGCAACAUAAGCUCUUGGGGUGUUUCAAAUAUCAAAUCUCUCAAUAUUUCUGGUAACAAUAUAAGUAGUGAUAAAGAAGUAGGCAGACUUCUAGAGAAAAUACCGUGCUGUUAGAGCAUAGACCUUUCUCACAAUAGACUGAAAAGCAUAAAUAGUCUUUUUAAUAAGAAAUUAAACUAGCAUUUAGAAAUUCUAAAGCUGAGUGGAAAUUUAAUUGAAUCAAUUCCUGAUGACAUGUUCACAAAUUUGACUCACUUAGAUCUCAGCUGCAACUAAAUUAAGUUUAAAGGAGCUAACAAGAUAGCAAAGAAGCUUAGGCAAAUACCAAAUCCAAAAUGGACUCAUUUGUAUUUAGAUAGAAACUAAAUAGAAUCAGAAGGUUUUAAUGAUAUUAUUUAUUCCCUCAGAGACAAUUAAACUUUAAAGCAUCUUUCUAUAGCGUAUAAUUAGCUAGAUGGAGAGAGUGUAAUUUGUAUGAUUGUAAAUUAUGAUGCGUUAUAAUUAGAGCAUUUAGACAUCACAGGAAACCAAAUUCAUUACAGCAUAGUUUUUGUCUUUCUAAAAUUAAUGAAAUAAUGCAAACUGAAGAAGCUCAGUUUUUGCGAUUUGAAUAAUGACACAAAAGGAGAAGGAUUGCAUGAAUCUAAAUUUGCUUUAAAUUGCGAAGCAUUAAAAGAAUUAGAUUUCUCAGGAAAUGAACAUAUUUCUUGUUCUGUUGUUUCUUCACUGUAAAAUAGAUUUAAUAAUAUUGAAAUCCUUAAUCUAAAAGGAUGUUCACCUUUCCAUGAUUAAGAUUUGAUAAAUCUUAGCAAUUUUAUUAAAAAGAGUGAUUUCCUACGCCAUAUCAAUCUUAGAGGAUUGAACAUAGGUGCAUUAGAGUUGAAAUCAGUGGAAUACUUUUCUUAAAAUUUAAAGCUAAACAAUAAACUGCAAUACAUUAAUUUGUCUAAAAAUAAGCUCACUAUGUAGUUUUAGACUUUAACAAUACUUCUGCCAGGAUUAGGUAAAUGCACUAAUUUAGAAAAUUUAGAUUUGAGCAAUAACAGAAUUACUCAAAAGCACAGAUAUCAUAUGCAGAGAAUGAUAAUUAAAAGUAAAAGCUUGAAAACACUUACACUUUCUAAUAACUUGAUUUCUUUAGAGAAUCUUUUAACACUUAAUCUGGAAGAUUAGUGGGAGUUAUUCUUUAAAAACCACUACAUUUAAAAACUGAGGAAACAAAUGACACAGAAUGUAAGUAAUUAAUCAGCAAAGUCAAACAACUAAAACAUUUCAGCAUUUGCAUUAAAUAAUAAUAAUAACAAUAACGGAACUAGCAAUUUGAAUGCAUUAAACAAUAACUACUAAAUUAAUUCAGCAACAAAUAUAAGUAAUUUAUCUAAUUUAAAUCUCAUAUUGAACGUUAACGGAAAUGGAGUUCAAAAUUUUAUUGGGAAUAACAGCGAUUUACUCUUUCCCAAAAACGAAGAGGCUUUUGCUCGCUAGCUUGAGGAAAAAAAGAAAGAGUUUUUAAGAGAAUACAAGAAAAUCCUGAAAAGUAGCAUGUCUGAAAAUUAAAUGAACUCUCUUCUUAGACUAAGGGUCAAAUGUUUAAAUUUAUCAAGUCUUAGAUUGAGAGCUGACGAUCUGAGAGUACUUGGAUAGAUUUUGGGAGAAGGAGAAAUUAUUAAAGAAUUAAAUUUGUCAAAUAAUUUAGAUUUUGGUAAGGCAAAUUUUGUUGCUUAAAAUCUCCUCUGUGACUCUUAAAUGGAUUCUAUCAGUCUUUGUCACCAAACUUUUAGGAAUCAACAAAGCUUUAAACAUCUUUUUGGAGGAAAUGUCCGCUUGCUAUAAUAAAUUUUACUUAACAGAGAUAUUUUCGAUCAGACUUCAUUCAGUAGCUUCUGCUCUUCAAUUGCUGCUAUUGUACCUCACUAAACUUUAAAGGUAUUCCAUGCAUAAAAUCUUAUUGUGCCUAUAAAAAUAUUGCCAGAGUUAAUUACGAUAUUGAUAAAAUGUAAAUCUUUGGAAAUAUUAAAGCUCCGUAAAUUGAUUUUUGAUGAUAAAUUUUGCACUCAACUUUAACUUCUCAUAACCACGUCAAACAAUCUUAAGCUGAUUGAUCUAAGCUAAAACUCAUUUACUUAAGCAUAAUUUGAUUGUAUUUUACGAAGCUUUGAUAAAAAUAAAACUAUUAGAAACUUUAUUUUUGAAAGAAUGCAAAUUACUCAAAAUAUGUUUGAGUAAUUGUUCAAGUGCUUAUGUUAAAGUCCUUCUCUAAAAUUAAUCGAUUUAGCUAAUAACUCAUUCACUAAACCAGUCAUGGAAUAACUUGGCAUUCUCAUAUAAAAAUCAGUAAAGUUAAAAUUCUUAAAUUUAUCAUUUCACAGAAAUUAAAAUCCCCAUGCUCCCUAAAGAAAAAAGACUUCUGCAAUGCCUUAAAAUGCUAAUAACAAAAAGAAUGGAAUUGAAAACAGUAAAUUUUAAAAAGCCAAGAAAUAUAGUGAUGAGGAAGAAAAUUUUAUUGAUCAGUAUAGCAACAAUAAUAAUGUGAACAAAAUGCAAAGAAAUAACAAAGACUUUUUUGAAUUAGAGAAUUAAGGAGUGAAUAAAAAUAUGGAUUACACCAAUGUUAACACUUAAAAUCCCAAUAAAAGACCAACCGCUUAAGAUAAAGAUUUAAAUGCAAUAGAGGACUAUUAAUCUAAGACAGAAAUAAAGAAAACAAGAAUUCAUGAUGAUUUAAAAGAAAUCAAGAAAAGAAUUUAUUCAGAUUACUUCAUUUGUAUUGAUGCGUUUGAAAUUUUCAUGUAAAAAAGCUGCGCUCGUAAUUCGCUUAGGCAUUUAGAUCUCUCUGCCUGUGGUCUAACAGAAGAUCAUUUAGCUAUAUUAGUAGAUACUCUUUGCUCGCCUGACUGCUAAGUGAAAUCAUUAAACAUACCAAGUAACCCGAUCAUAAACGAGAAUCCAUCUCAUCUAAAAAAGCUACUUUCUUCAUAGACUUCUUGUCUUUAAGAACUUAACUUGAAAUACUGCAGAUUGACAGCAACUGCACACUUGGCAAUUUGUGAAGGUCUUUUCGAAGGAAGAGGUCUCAAAUGUUUAGACAUCAGCGAAAACUCAGAUGGUGAUUUGUUUUGUGAAUUUUUGAAUAAAGAAAUGAAAAAAAGAAAAGGCACUGAUAGAAAUAAACUGCAAUUUUUAUUUGUCAACAAGAUGGAUAUUUCAUUUAAAGGUAAUGAACACUUAAAGGAUGUGCUCAAAAAGAUGCCUCACCUGUUUAUCUCAAAUGAAUGGGUAUAAGUUGAUAAUAAACUAGGAGAAUUAAUUUUAUUAUCUUACUAAAAUGUUUUUAAACAUUUUAACUUCAUUCCAAACAUGAUACCUAGCUAUUUGAAAAAAUUGUCAAUUACAGAUUCUUACAUCUGCGACUAAUUCUGCAUAAACCUGGCUAAAAAAUUCUAUGAAUAUGAGUUUUUGGAAUACAUAGAUUUAAGUAAUAAUCCUUUUAUAACUUCAAUAGGGAAGAUUUAUCUUUUCCUUCAUCUGUUUGAUAUAAGAUUUGAUAAUUCAAAACUUAAGACGCUUUAUGUGCAGAACAAUAGCAAAUCAUUUUAAAAUUAGAGCUUAGUUGAUGAAGGAAUCCUCUCUUGGAUUGCCUAUAAGUUUAGCGAUAUUUAAAGACAAUUAGGAUUCAUCUAAAGACUCUAUGCUAGAGUUAUAAGCACAAAAUACUUAAUUCCCACGAAGUUUUAGCUCAAUCAACAUCUUAAUGGAGUCCUUGAAAGGAGGUCAAUACCUUAUCAUAUAGUUAUUAUCCUUAUCCUCCAUAUUUUCUAAUUUUUAACUUCUUGGAUACCUCUACCUUUAUAUUUGAACGAAGAUCUUAGUGUUAAUGAUGAUAGAACAAACAAAAUUUGGCUUAUUUUUAUUUGCUCUUUUGCUUUAUUUGUUUAAAUUAUCGAACUCAUAGCUGUCUGCCGAGAAAGAUUAAAAAGUAAUUUACUACUUCAGACUGAUGAAUUAUACUCUGCAUAUUGGAAAAGUUUUUUAAAUAAAAGAGAAAUUUUGUUUAUGAUUUUAGGUCUUAUUGGGCGCUUUGAUGGCUACACAGACUCAGUUUUGAUUGGGUUGUUUAAGGAUCAUGGGUAUGAGUCUUUGAUGGGCAUAGCUUUGGUUAUAGCUUUGAUUAAAAUUUUAAAAACAGUUAUUUUAUUCCUCUAAGGCUUAUUUAGAUGGAAAAAAAUUAAUGGAAAAGAAGAAAUGAGCAAUCAACUUUAAAAUUAUUGGAGACUAUUUUUGGGAUAAGGAUUUUAUGUGACAGAAAACUUUAUGAAUAAAUUUAGUCCUUCUGAUUCGAUAAAACUGUCUUCAAAAAUAAGCAUAAACUAUAAAACAUUAUUCCAUGGUUUUUAGCUUAUCUUCGAAAGUCUACCAUUGUUUGUCCUCUAUUUGCUUUAUGCUGUGAUGGUUGACAAAGAUAUUAAAAAGACUUCUAUUACAGAAUCUGUUAUUAUGUAUGCCAUAUGCAAACAAAUCAUUUAAAUUAUCCAUUAAUUUUUUACUUUCUUGCUAUUUAAGCCAUCUUAAAUAGGCUAAACGCAUUUCGAUGAAGCACUAAUUACCCUUUAGUAUAAGAAAGCUCUUGAAAAAUUCUAUUAAAAUGAUAAUAACAAAAAGCCUUCUUCACUGCUGACUUAUAAUUCUAGGCCAUCUAACUACUCUAAUUUAAGAAGUUUACUCAACUCUAAUCGCUUUAGAGAUGAAAUAUAAUAUAAAAUGAAAAUCAACCAGUUUGAAACUGGCUCAUAUAACUCUUUCUUCUCAACUCACUAUUAAUAUGGUGAAGAAAACAUUAUGAAUGAAACAGUAGACGACGAUAAAUUUUAAGAAAAGUAUAUGGAUGGAAUGAUGAAAAAAAAUAAAUAUACAUUCAGUGCGGGUAGAAAUAAAGAAGAAAACUCUUCAGAAGAAGAUAUGCAGGAAGAAGAUAAAAACUUUGAUGAAUCUAUUUCCGUUUCUACUAUAAUAGACGAAAAUGGGCCAUCAGUGAAUCUUCCUAAUUCAAUUUUCAAUCCUAACCAACCAAAAUUCAUAAAUAAUCUAUCUCUGUUAAAUUAAAGACAUUGUAAAAUAUGA